GGUUGCAAGUGGAACUCGCUUCUUAAACUCCUACUAGCUCUUUUGCUUACAUUUGAUGAACUGAAAGAAAAUGGAUUGUGAUCUUCUCAAAAUCCAUUUACAAACCACUCUAACUUCAAAGCAUUCAUUCCAAUUGCAACUAGCUAAAACUACUCUCUUCGCAUCUUUCCCAUUCUCUACACAGCAGCAGCAUCACCACCAAUACCAUCUCUCCUCCUCCUCCUCCCCAAAACCCAAAUCCAAAUUCCUUCCUCUAUCUGUCCAAUGUUCUUCUUCUAUCUCCUCUCCCACCCCACCCACCUCCAAAGCAGAAGCCAUCCUCCAAGCCAAAACCUGCCUCUCCACCACCUUAGAAAAGCCCCUCAACAACCCCAAACUCACAGGUAAGCUCAAGAAACUGAAGCAGCCCAGGUUCCGAGUCGAGAUACCCCUCAUUGACGACUCGCCCGAUUCGCUCUCCCAACUCGCUUUCGCGGUCUUUUCUGACAUACCCAUCAACAGAAAAGGCUCUCCGGUGAAGAUCUCACUCGUAUGGCCAAACCACUCGUUGACAGAAUCUGCUGCUGAUUCCUUUGUUUCUCAACUGCCAAACCGGCUUGAACACUUGUACAUAUCUUCAUUGACCAACAACAGUGAUACCACCACCAGCGUGUUGAAUUCUGGUGAUGUGGCAGUGUUUUUGGCGCCAGAGGCUUCACAGUUGGCUGUUAUGAAAAGAAUUACUGACAUUUUGUACCCAAAGCCAGUGGUGAUUUUCAACCCUGGAUGGGGGUUUGAAGAGGAGGGCAGUUUUGGUGAGUUGAGUGGGUUUGUGGCCUCAUUUGAGGUGGUAUAUUCAUUUAUGGGAUUGGAGGUCAGAGGAAUUUUGAAUCAGAGAAAAGGAGUAAUCUUCAAGUGUGUUAAAGAUGGGGUUUUGAGCGGUGAGAGAUGGACGGUUUUCGUUGAAGAAGGAGGGGAAAUGAAAGUGAUCUCCAUGUUCAAGGCAAGGCCAUCCAUUGGGGAAGUUGAAAACGUUUUGUAUAACUUGAUGGCUAUUAAUUCCCCUAUUACAAAGUCUGCCAAGUUUUUGAAGGAUUUGGUUUCGAAUGUAACCGGAAAAAACUUUUGAUGAAAUUGUCAGAAAAGUUGACAUACUUGGUCCAUAGAGGCCGAAGUUGGGGGAACACUACAUCCAGCCAAGGUUUUGCUCGGCCAUUGAAAUGGAUGACAGCGGCAGUUUCAGCAUCUGAGAUGCUCGUGUUGCCCUGGUACCCCAGUCCGAGCAUGUGCCAGAACGGAUCAAUAAUGUGGACGUGAUCAUGGAAUGCUAUUAGUCCCGGUGGCAAUGUUCCUAGCUGCCACAAACUUAAAUCGGAUUUCAAGUUCUGUAAGGAGAGGAACAGGUAUACUUGUUAGAAUGCAACUUUGAUUUUGCAAUAGACUACCAAUUAUUCUGAGUUCUAGCCAGAUGAAUUCAAUAGUCAUGUAAGUAUCUGGAAAAUCACAUGAUUAAUGUGAUAUAACAAUAUGGAAUUUUACCUCUUCAAUCCAGUAAUGAUAUGUUUGGCUUA